AACCCCCACUAGGUAAUGAUCAUCUCUCUCUUCCUUGGUUUCUUGAUGUGGGUUUAGCUUACAUGGGCUCCUUGUUUGUUUAAAUUAUUCAAUCUCUAAUCACACCACUCCUUCAACUCUACCAAAAUUCCAUGAGCCUCAAUAUCAUCAAACCAAAACCACCCACAUCAAGAAGCAUGUCCCCAUCUUUCCAUGGAUGAAGAUGAUUUCUCCUCCUCUCCUUCCCAACACUUCCCCUUCCACACCACUGCUAGACCUACUAGCACCAGUGACACUGGUACUGCUACACAUAUUACCACUACUACAAGUACAACCCAUGUUCUCGCCGCUUCAACGGCAUCCGGCAAGUGGGCCUCAAACCUUCUAACUGAAUGUGCACAUGCGAUCGCCAACAAGGACAGUGCUCAAGUGCAACACUUCAUGCAUAUCUUGAAUGAGCUAAGCUCCCCCUAUGGUGAUACCAACCAAAAGCUUGCUUCCUAUUUCUUCCAUGCUAUCUUUAAGAGAGUAACCAAUUCAGGUGAACAAGCCCACCAGACAUUGAUAUCAGCAUCAGAGAAGAUAUUCUCGUUCGAAUCGAUGAGAGAGAUAGUAUUGAAGUUCCAAGAAGUUAGCCCAUGGGCUACGUUUGGCCAUGUUGCUUGCAAUGGUGCAAUUCUGGAAGCUUUCCAAGGAGAGAACAAGCUUCAUAUAGUCGACAUUAGUAACACCUAUUGCACCCAAUGGCCCACCUUGCUGGAAGCCCUUGCAACACGUAGUGGUGACAUGCCUCAUCUCAAGAUCUCAGCCGUUGUUGUAGCGAAAGAUGGCGGGACCCACAGCCUCGCUGCAGCCCAAAAGGUUAUGAAUGAGAUUGGAAACCGGAUGGAGAAGUUUGCAAGGCUGAUGGGUGUACCAUUCAAAUUCAAUGCGGUCUACCAUAUUGGAAUGGACUUAUCCAGUUUGAAUUUCAAUGAUCUGGAGAUCGAUGAUGGUGAGGUGCUAGCCGUUAAUUGCAUCGGGACGUUGCACACUGUUACAGUUGCUGGGCCCCACCGCGAUGAUGUGUUGUCCAACAUCCGAAGGAUAAGACCCAAGAUCGUGACCGUUGUCGAGGAUGAAGCUGAUCUCGGCAUUAGCAUGGAUGGUAGUGAUGACUUCUUCAGGGUCUUCCAAGAAUGCCUGCGGUGGUUUAGUUUGUAUUUCGAGUCGUUGGAUGAGAGCUUCCCACGUGUAAGCAAUGAGCGUCUGAUGCUCGAACGUGCGGCCGGGCGUGCAAUCAUCGACCUGAUUGCAUGCCCGCACGCUACGUCAGUGGAGAGGCGGGAACGAGCCGUACAGUGGUCCAGGCGACUCCACGUGGCUGGGUUUGCACCUGUGGCAUUCAGUGAUGACGUGGCCGAUGAUGUGCGGGCGCUUCUCCAGCGACACCGAGAUGGAUGGUCCACAACACAAUGCCCUCAUGCAGGCAUCUUUUUGGCUUGGAAGGAACAACCCGUCAUGUGGGCGUGCGUGUGGAAGCCAUGACACGUGCAAGAAAGCGUGCCAGAUAAUGGCGCGUGCAUGGAUAUGAUUGGCACGUGUGCAUGGCAUGGAAUUGAUAUUGUUAACAUGAGAAGAGGAGAGAAUACAGUGUUUUUGUUGUGAUUGUCA